AAUCCACACGCUGCUUGACGUAGCAGCAGACCAGAAGCAGCAGCAAAGGUUGAUCGACACAUUUAGACUGCGCUUAGAGUGUUUAGUGUUUAUUCUGGAGUGAUAUCACAGACUGUGUUAGGUUCAGGAGCUGACAGCAGCAUCAUGGCGUCUGGAGGCCCCAUGAUGAACGGCGACAUCUCUCGCUCCCCCAGUCAGUCCGGCACCCUGGAGGAAACCCUGCAGCAGAUGAAUAUCCUCAUCCAGGAAAACAGGGACCUGAAAGAGGCCUUGCGUCAGACCAACUUGACGAUGAAGGAGCGAUUUGAGGGUCUGUCUGCAUGGCGAGAAAAGCAGCGCGAGGAGCGGGACUUCCUGGAGAACCGUCUGGAGGAGGCUCGUGGUCGAAUGGACGCGCUGACUCUCCAAAACCAGGACCUGAACAAGAGGCUGGGGGAGGAGGGGUCAACCGGGGGAGGCUUAGUGGCAGUGUCAUCCAAUCAGAGUGGAGAGCUGGAGGCCCUGCGUGCACAUGUUGCACGCCUGCAGGCAGAGAAGAAUGACCUGGUGGCCAUGAACUCUGAGCUGCAGCUGAAGGCCGACCAGAACUCGAAUGAUGACUCCUUCAUUGAGGUCAUCAAAGUCACAGAUGGAGAUGUGGAUAGCAUGAAUGAUGGAUGUGGAACAGAGCACAGCAGACGUCUGGACCUGAGCAUGACGGCGUCUCGGUUUGACAAUGAAGAGCAGACCGUCAGCCAGCUCCUCCAGUCCCUGAGGAACGAGACGCAGCGAGCUGAGAAGCUGCAGGCCGAGCUACAGACCUCUACUGCAAGAAUUGAAGUGCUGAUGGAGCAGAAGAGCAACGUCGAGGACUCAACACAAACCACUCAAGCAGAGAUCAAGGAGGAUUCUGGGAAAGAGGAGGCAGCGUCUGAGGUGGAGAAUCUAAAGGCUCAGAUGAUUACUCUGUUCAAAGAGCUGCAGCAGGCUCAGAGCAAGCUGGAUGAAGCUGAAGGCAUGAAGAAGAACCUGCAGGACAGAUGUCGGGAAGUGGAGCAGGACGUGGUCACUCUGAAGGCCCAGCUGGUGGAGAAACAGGCCGUUCAGUCAGAGAACAACCGGCUGAAGCUGCAGCUAGACAGCAUGCAGGCAGAGAACCAGAUGGAGCAGAGGAAGGCUGGGGAGGAGAGGAACAACCUGGCCCAGCUGAAGGAUGCCUACACCAAACUGUUUGAAGACUACAAUGAGCUCAAAGAGGACAAGAAGAAAAGAGAGUCUCAGCUGGUGCAGAAGGAGGUGGUGGAGCAGCUACAGGUGCAGCUGAGUGCUGCAGAAGAAGCUCUUGCUGCAAAACAGACCCACAUUGAUGAGAUGAAGCAGGAGAUCUUCCAGAAGGAGAAGGAGCUGGAGACCAUAUCUGUCUUCCAGGCUCAGGCAGAGGUCUACUCCUCAGACUUCUAUGCAGAGCGAGCUGCAAGGGAGAAACUCCAUGAAGAGAGGGAGCGACUGGCUGCUCAGCUGGAGUAUGUGAAGAAGCAGAACGCCCAUCUGCAUGACGAGAUGGAGUCACUUGGCCGGCGGUCGCUGAACGAGAUGCAGAUGAGACAUGUGGGUGGAAAUGCACAUGGAGCUGGCCCAAGUCUGGUUGGAAGAGGUACUGACUGGCAGCAUCAGGGGAACAUUCCAGAACACGCCUGCCCCAAGUGCAAUGAAAUCCUGCCAGACCUGGACUCCCUGCAAAUUCACAUCAUGGACUGUAUCAACUAGGCAUCCAUCAUAACAAGCAUCCAUGUCAGCAGCAGUUAAAUUUGCACCAUAAUCUGAGUCUUCCUCUGCUUUUACCUGUACCUCUGCUCCUGAGAAGAACCUGAGAAGGCACUCCGUAGUUCCAUGAUAAACUCAGUGAAAUUUAGGUUGAAUGUGAGUAUAAGAUCUGAAAAGCUAUCUUGAGAAUUUGUUAGUUUAAAAAUGAACAUUUGGAAAAGAAUGGAAAUAUCAGAGAGCAUAUCUUUCUGCAGGUUUUAGCAUAUGUCAUCAGGCACAUUGUUUUUAGCUGUAUGAAACGAGCUGAAUUGGAGUUCCUUACAAGGAAAAACAAGUCAGGGAUAUCGAAACAGAAACUGCACCAAAACUUUUAUAAGACUUCAGUUUUGUCUUCCUGUAAUGUACACUUUGAAUAAGUCCAGUGUUGACGAGUUUAAUUUGUUUACCAAGUAUUUGGUUGUUUGUUUGCUGAAGGCCUUUUAAAAACCAUUUUAAAGUUUACUUGUCUUUUUUGCUUGGAAAGGAUAUUUAAGUUCAUGAUUGGAUAAUUUCUGCUGAAGGACAAAAAAGCAUGCACUUUAUAACAGACAUGAAUAUAUUUUAUUUUGACUCUACAGAUGAUACCUGGAAACUAGGACAAAUUAUAUUUAACAACCUAUCAUUCUAAGCAACUGCCUUUGUAUGUGGGGGGCUUCAAGACCCUGCUGAAUAUGUGGUCUGUAGAUUAUUGAGCAUUCUGAUUACAUGUUGUAGUUCUGUGGAUAAAAUUAAAUGAAAAAGCAACAAA